CUCUCUCUUCAUAUUACAACCCUCUCUUUUCAUCUCCUCAUAGCGAGGGAGAAAAGUAAAAUUGAGAUGCAGCAAAUAUUUACAAUAAAUAAAUAAAUAGGAGCCUGGAGAAAUAAAUACAUUUCGCUUUUUUACCGCUACGCACGGCAGUUCGUUCGUUCCCCGCAGUGGGCGGAAAAGCUGGAUUGGGACCAUCACGACGACGAUACGCUACGCAAAACCUCGGGACCAUAUGAUAUACUUAUACUGCAUUUAUAGGGAUUGAUAAAUAUUCUGCGGAGAUGGCUUAUGUGGUGCCGAUUCAUCGGGCGAGUAGCAUUCGGAAUGCGCUCAAGUUGCAUUUCUUGAAUGCGGAGGAGGAGAACUUGGUUGUUGCAAAGGCGAACCGUCUCGAAAUAUACUCCCUCACGCCGGAAGGGCUGAACCUGGCAGCGUCAUGUUCUCUCUUCGCCAAGGUUACAAUGCUAGCUCGGCUUCCUGCGCCUGCGAACUCGCCUACGGAUCAUUUGUUUGUCGGGACGGAUCGAUACACUUAUUGCACGUUAUCGUGGGAUGGGGAGAGGAACCAGAUCCGGACGGAGAGGAACUAUGUUGAUAUAUCUGAUCCUUCGUCGCGGGAGGCGCAGACGGGCAAUCGGUGCUUGAUUGAUCCUAGUGGGCGGUUUAUGACGCUCGAGGUCUAUGAGGGUGUGAUCGCUGUUGUGCCGAUUGUGCAGUUGCCGAGUAAGAAGAGGGGGAGGCAGGUUGCUCCGCCUUCCGGACCGGAUGCGCCUCGGGUCGGGGAGUUGGGGGAGCCGACGACGGCGAGAAUUGAUGAGCUGUUUGUGCGCUCGUCUGCCUUCUUGCAUGUUCAGUCGGGCCCGCCUAGGUUGGCGUUGCUGUAUGAGGAUAAUCAGAAGAAAGUGAGGCUCAAGGUUCGCGCGUUGCAUUAUAGUGCGGCAACGUCGAGUACGGGGGCCGAUGCCGCGUUUGAAGAGUCGCUGGAUGGGUUCUCGCAGGAAUUGGACCUCGGAGCGUCGCAUCUGAUACCGGUUCCGGCGCCUUUAGGUGGCUUGCUUGUUCUGGGAGAGACGUCCAUUAAGUAUGUCGAUACAGACAGUAACGAGAUUGUGUCGCGUCCUUUGGAUGAAGCGACAAUUUUCGUGGCUUGGGAACAGGUAGAUAGUCAGAGAUGGCUUCUAGCUGAUGAUUAUGGAAGACUGUUUUUCCUGAUGCUAGUCCUGGAUUCUAACAACCAAGUACAAUCCUGGAAACUUGAUCACUUAGGGAAUACGGCUAGAGCUUCGGUGCUGAUAUACCUUGGUGGCGGAGUUAUCUUCGUAGGAUCUCACCAAGGGGAUUCGCAAGUCCUUCGAAUCGGCAAUGGCUCAUUGGAGGUCAUCCAGACGCUCUCCAAUAUUGCGCCCAUUCUUGAUUUUACCAUCAUGGACCUUGGAAACCGCACCAGUGAAAGCCAGACACACGAGUUUUCUUCGGGCCAGGCUCGCAUUGUGACUGGUUCGGGCGCAUUUGACGACGGAACCCUUAGAAGUGUACGCAGUGGUGUCGGCAUGGAAGAGCUCGGUGUGCUUGGUGAAAUGGAUCUCAUUACAGACUUGUUCGGACUGCAGCUUGCGACAAAGGGUGGAUACUUGGACACUCUUCUCGUCACCUUUGUCGAUGAGACUCGAGUCUUUCAAUUUAAUUUUGAUGGCGAAGUUGAAGAGUUGGACAGCUUUCUUGGUCUCAGCCUCUCGGAGAACACACUCCUCGCUAUGAACCUUCCUGGAGGAAGAAUCUUGCAGGUCACCGAACAGAGAGUCCUCAUCGCAGAUAUUGAAGGCGGCAUGGUCACCAAUGAAUGGACCCCGCCGGACCGAUUAGUGAUCACUUCUGCUUCUGCCAACAAUGAUUCGAUUGUUCUUGUCAGCGGCGGCCAGAUUCUGACAGUCCUCGAUAUCAACAAUGAUGUUCGGGUUGUGACUCAGAAGGAUUUCGGAGCAGACAGCCAGAUCUCAGGAGUCACGGUGCCCUUAUCUUCUGCUGGGGUCUGUAUCGUUGGCUUCCCUCAAUUAGCGAAGGUCUCGGUUUUGGACCUUGGCCGGCUAUCGGAGCUUCAUACAACGUCGCUAGGCCCAGCUGGUGAAGCAUUUCCACGAUCAGUACUCGUCGCCGAUGUCCUUGCGAAUAGCCCCUCUACCCUUUUUAUUUCGAUGGCAGAUGGCAGCGUUAUCACUUACUCCUUCGACGCCAGUGACUACUCACUGACCGGGAUGAACCGGCUCAUACUCGGGUCUGAGCAGCCUACGUUUAAGAAGUUGCCUCGCGGCGAUGGAUUGUAUAAUGUCUUCGCCACAUGCGAGAACCCCAGCUUGAUAUACGGCUCCGAAGGCCGCAUCAUCUACUCUGCGGUCAAUUCGGAAGGUGCGUCUCGGGUAUGCCACUUCAACUCGGAGGCGUAUCCUGGAUCGAUUGCCGUGGCCACUAAGCACGACUUGAAGAUUGCUCUCGUGGACAAGGAGAGGACAACACAGAUCCAGACGCUCCCCAUGGGCGAAACUGCCCGUAGGGUAGCAUAUUCACCUUCUGAGAAGGCUUUCGGUAUCGGCACCAUCGAGCGCAAAUUGAAGGACGGGGCCGAGAUGGUUCAAAGUCGGUUUGUGUUAGCUGAUGAGAUCAUGUUCCGUCGUCUCGACGCCUUUGACCUUCGGCCGGAGGAGUUGGUCGAGAGUGUCAUUCGCGCGGAGUUUUCUGCGGGCAAGGAUGAAAAUGGUCGGGACGUAUUCAAAGAUCGGUUCGUUGUGGGGACAGCAUACCUAGAUGAUGAAAACGAAGAGUCAAUCCGAGGUCGGAUAUUGGUCUUCGAGAUUGACAACGGUCGAAAAUUGACUAAAGUCGCCGAGUUGCCUGUCAAAGGUGCAUGCCGCGCGCUGGCUAUGCUAGGAGAGAAGAUUGUGGCCGCUCUUGUGAAAACGGUCGUCAUUUAUGGUGUGGUGAACAACGACUUUGGCGCGAUGAAGCUCGAGAAGUUGGCCAGCUACCGCACAUCGACCGCCCCCGUCGACGUCACCGUAACGGGUAACGUGAUUGCCGUCGCCGACCUUAUGAAGAGUGUAUGCCUGGUGGAGUACAGCGAAGGCGAGAAUGGAAUGCCGGAUAGCUUGACAGAAGUCGCUCGUCAUUUCCAGACCGUUUGGGCCACUGGCGUUGCCUGUAUUGCCAAGGACACAUUCCUGGAAACUGACGCUGAAGGUAACUUAAUUGUCCUUCGACGCAAUCUGACCGGUGUGGAGGAAGACGACAAGCGCAGACUGGAGGUAACAGGGGAGAUCUCAUUGGGCGAGAUGGUCAACCGCAUCCGACCGGUCAAUAUUCAACAAUUGGCGAGUGUGACGGUCACCCCGAGGGCUUUUCUGGGCACAGUGGAAGGCUCCAUCUAUCUCUUUGCUAUUAUCAACCCAGAGCAUCAGGACUUCUUGAUGCGUCUGCAGGCAACCAUGGCGGGCAAGGUCGAGUCGCUGGGGAACAUUCCAUUCAAUGAGUUCCGUGGCUUCCGCAGCAUGGUGCGAGAGGCGAAAGAGCCGUAUCGCUUUGUGGAUGGCGAGCUGAUUGAGAGGUUCCUGACCUGCGAGCCGAGUCUCCAGGAAGAAAUUGUGGACUCGGUGGGCAUGAUGAACGUUGAUGAAGUAAAGAUUAUGAUAGAAGCCUUGCGCAGGCUACAUUGAGUGUGGCAGCUAGGAUCUGAAGAGAAAUAAUGAUUAGUUAUGGCUCGGCAGCGAUGUGUGAAUCACACAGAGACCUUGGUGACCAUGAUCCGGACCAACAACCCCCCCGCUUAACAAGGCUUGAACUUAUCCCUCCACUAGCUUGUUAAACAGUCGUGCUCCAGCGGAUCUUUCCAACUGUAUACUUGACCCGCCUGACUGUGAUCCACCAACAGCUACAGACCCGCAAAUCUCCGCUUAGAAGUGCGAAUGAAUGAAAGGGAAUGAAAAAUGUGUUGCAGUCCGGACUUCAUCUCGCACAAUCCAGAGUGGAUUGUCUAUACUGUUUGCUCCGCUGUCGGGUCCAUAUCCCCGCGUAGAUCUCUUCUAGAUAGAAUUCUUG